AUGUCGUCGACCGAACCGAACGCGCCGGCCAAGUCGCCUACGGAUGGAUUGCCGCAACUCUCUACCUACACUGCUGAGACAGAGGAGGACCGAAUCGAAGGCUUACGCUUGGUCGCAGAUUCCGUGGCACAACAGCGCCAGGUCGCCAGCAAGGUCAUGCUGUUCCAUCCAGUUUCACUAGCCGCGUACUUUGUGGUUGUGGCUUUUGCUGCGCAGUACAUGCUACGCUGGUACGAGGACAAAACGAUGUUGGCUACAACCAUUGGAGGCAUCACUAUGACUUUCCUCAUCUUCAUUCGAUGGAUGACCGGUGGCUACAUUGGUAUGGCCGAGGAUAUCAACAUGGAUUGGCUGGGCGAUGAUAGGCUCAUCGUGGUGAAGUGGGGUGAGGACGUCAUCGGAUCCUUGGUAUUGGGUUGGGCCGAUAAUGAUGCCGCGAAGAAGCGAGGCAGGAGAAGGCGAGGCAAGGCCGUUGUACGCGCUUGGACUGUAAAGUUGAAGUAUCGCGGCAAGGGUGUUGGUGGGGGCUUGUUGGAGGAGGCUGUCAAGGUGGCAGGAGAGCGAGGCGCAGAUGGUAUUAUCUUUGAUGCCGACCAUGCCAACUCAAAGCGUAUCCUCCCUGCCAUCUUCAACGGUUACCUCAAUAAGCAAGACGCCAAGGCCGAGAAGGCUCUACAAAAAGUUGCGGACGCGAAGGGCAACUUCCGCCAGCGUCAGAGCUCGCCCACUUGGGGCAGCAGGUAG